AUGUCUAUUUCCACAACCGAACUCAAUGCGUACUUAGUCGAAAACUGGGAUACCGAGGGUCUUGUCCUUUACCUGCAAGCGCAGGGCCUAAAGCUUGACGAUGAGGACUUCGCUAUUAUCUGCAAAGAAAAAAUCAAUGGCCUCUCCUUCCUCGAUAUGACCAGAGAAGAUUUCCAAAGUUAUGGAUUAAAAGGUGGUCCGGCAACACUUCUUGCAAAAGAAUCCAAGGUUCUCAAGGCCAAGCCGAAGCGUUCGUUCUCCUCCUACUACACUCAGGCAGACAUAAAAGUAUUUGCGAAGCAUAAACUUGGAGAUAGCAUAUCAAGCAUCCCGCAAUUCGAACCGGCUAUACACAAACUCGAGGACACCAAUGAAGCGCUCAUGCAAUGCAUAAAGGAAUUACGACUCAGGUUAAAAAAUUUAGGAGGGUUAGCACCAGAUAGCAAUGAGGCGGUGCGUUAUGAAUUCAUAUCAUCAAUUCUGCAUGCGUCAGUUAGCCUCCUCGAAGGCCUUAUCCUAGCACCGCAAUUCGAAGUCGUCGGUGAUGAAACUACAGGUCGGGUUGAUUAUGCCAUCAAAAAACUCCUAGAUUCACUGCGAGAGGAAAUUGUGUGUAUCACGGAAAGUAAACAACACCAAGUGGCGAUGGGAUUCUGUCAGAAUUUACUUCAGAUUGAGAGUGCAUGUCAAACGAAUAAGAGGAAACGUAAGGCAGAGGAGGCUUUUUCCGACGAAUAUGACUACAUGUAUGGGAUCGUAACUACAGCGACGGAAUGGUACUUCAUUUUGUACACGACUGAAGGAAUUUAUUCCACGAGCGAGAAAUGUUACUCCAUCAAUUUCAGAAAGUCGGCACUCGAUAAUGAAGACAAAUUCAGGCGCAGUGUAAAAAGGGUAAUGGAAGUAAUUGUUGGUUUGUUGGAGGAUAGGGCAGGCGCAGUGGAUGAGAAACCAUUGGCGAAAAAACGUCGCGUUGAUAAUAUUCUCAACAAAGAAUCAGGGUCUGUAUAG